CCAACCUGGCAAGACCCUUCCUGUGCCUUCCCGGGGACAGGGGGGGUCCUUCCUGCCCCUUUCUGCGCCCCUUCUUCCUGUGACAACCCCUUUCUGCCCACUCCGCGUUCCCGUCUUUGCAGGGCUGGAGAGGGGGAGCCGGGAGCUGCCAUCCCAGGGAGGUUUGGGAUGGUGGUGGGGUCAGCGCUCAGCACCUGUCCCUGUGCCUGGAUGAGCACAGCACAAAGGCGCGUGGCCCUGUGCCCACCACCGGCUCUGCUGGGAUGUGGGGUUAUUUAUGGAUCCCAGGGCACAGAGACACUCGGGGCCCUACGUGGGCAUCGGGAUCGGGAUCGGUCACCCUGUGUGACGAUCCCUGCAUCCCCAACCCAAAACUUGUCUCAGGGUUAUUUGUGGAUCCUGCCCUGGGAUGGGAACAGUGGGAAUCCCUGGGGGAUAUCCAAACCCAGCUGGUGGGACCAAGGAGGCUGUUGAUCUCCAGCUGCAUCAGAAGAGCCACCCCCUUCCCCUGCCAAUUCCUCCCUGCUCCUGGGAGUUUGCUCCUCUGUCUGCCACCAGCAUCUUCCACCUGGGUACCAAGCACCAGCACAGCCGGAGCCGGGAGUGGGGCUCCGCGUGCUCCCGGACGGCUCAUCUUGGGUAUGGGGCUUUGCUCCCCUGCGCUGCUCCCUGUUGGAGCCGGACACUCUGUAUUCAGAGUGGCUGCUAAGCUCCUGCUCCUAAAAUAGCCUGGCUGAGCUCGGCCGCCCACGGGCACAGGGAUGAUGCCAGCCCGGGGGCCACCGAAACAUUCCGAGCCCCAGUGGGGUGUAAAGUGGGGCAGCAUCACUGCUGGAGACACACGGACCCAUCACGAUGCCUGCCCGGUGUGGGAAUGCCAGCUGUCCCCAAGAGCCCAAAUAUGGAUGCAGCCACUGGACCCCCUGGCACAGACAAUGGAUCCUGAGAAGAGACUUUUUGGGAAGGUGGGGAGGCGGCGCGGGCCAAGAAAGGCGAAGCCCCUGCGGUGGCAGUGGGAGAUAAAGGGGACAGCGGGUGUGGGGUGGCACAGCCGCUCUGCCCAUCCUGCUCAUCCCACCGCCCGCAUCCACGUCCCACCAAGGAUGGAGGCCAUCAAGAAGAAGAUGCAGAUGCUGAAGCUGGACAAGGAGAAUGCCCUGGACCGGGCAGAGCAGGCGGAGGCUGAGCAGAAGCAGGCGGAGGAGCGGAGCAAGCAGCUGGAGGAUGAGCUGGCGGCGAUGCAGAAGAAGCUGAAGGGGACGGAGGAUGAGCUGGACAAAUACUCAGAGGCGCUGAAGGACGCGCAGGAGAAGCUGGAGCUGGCAGAGAAGAAGGCGGCCGACGCUGAGGCAGAGGUGGCAUCUCUGAACCGCCGCAUCCAGCUGGUAGAGGAGGAGCUGGACCGAGCCCAGGAGCGCCUCGCCACAGCCCUGCAGAAGCUGGAAGAGGCAGAGAAGGCUGCAGAUGAAAGCGAAAGAGGCAUGAAAGUCAUUGAGAACAGAGCUCUAAAGGAUGAGGAGAAGAUGGAACUGCAGGAGAUCCAGCUCAAGGAAGCCAAGCACAUUGCCGAGGAGGCGGACAGGAAGUAUGAGGAGGUUGCUCGGAAACUGGUGAUCAUAGAAGGUGAUCUGGAGCGUACUGAGGAGAGAGCUGAGCUUGCAGAGUCGCGUUGCCGGAAGCUGCGGGAUCAGAUGCGAGUGAUGGACCAGAACUUGAAGUGUCUGGCUGUUGCUGAAGAAAAGUACUCCCAAAAAGAGGAUAAAUAUGAAGAGGAGAUCAAGAUCCUGACUGAUAAACUCAAAGAGGCGGAGACCCGUGCUGAAUUCGCCGAGCGGUCUGUGGCCAAGCUGGAGAAGACCAUUGAUGAUUUGGAAGAUGAGCUCUAUGCCCAGAAACUGAAGUACAAAGCAAUUAGUGAGGAGCUGGACCACGCCCUGAAUGACAUGACUUCCAUUGCCCGGAGAGCCCUCCAGGAGCAGAAUUUUGCAGAAAUGGGACACCUCCCGUGGUUUCCGCAGCCUGUCUGUCCGGUGCCCCGGCGUGUGGAGGUCCUCAGUGAUAUGGGCGGGCUCAGCUUCGGAGUAAAGCCUACCUAGAGCGCUAGACGCUGCUCUGAGCUCUCCUCCUGGCUUAAGAAACAUAUAAACUGAAAUCCACCAAAGAGGAGCAUCUCUGCACGCAACGGAUGCUGGACCAGACCCUGCUAGACCUGAACGAGAUGUAAGGGCUCCCUGCCACCGCCUCUGCCACGCGAUGCCAGGCCAGCCCAGUGCCGCUGGCCUCUAACCCUUGGGGAUCCAGAGUUUACGUCCUAUUGCCAAUUUGACCAAACACAAACCUUCUCCUUUGCUUCAGGGUUAAAGGCCACCAGGUUGGGCAGAGCUUCAAACAGCGUCAUUAAGGGAAAUCAAACAAUGCAAUAAUGUUUGGGGAGCACGUUUGAGGUGUACACAUUUUGUAACUACCUGUUUUUUGUAGCAACCAUUGUAAACAUUCCAAAUAACUGAGGCUGGUGAGCUACACUUCAGAGCUCUUGGCUUUAAAAUUCGGUAUUAACUUUCUUUAAUCGGCUCUGGGCCACCCUGCUUGGGCAGGGGAGGAAGGAGGGUGUGAUGGUUCCUGGCUGUGGGCCACUGAAUUGGAGUAGCUGGGCUAGGCAUGGAAGCCUGUUGGGAAAACUUCCUUUCCAGGAGCUGUUUGCCAGAAGAGCAGUUCAGUUUCUCAGCUCUGAGGUUAACUCUGUUGUUGUGGAGAAACAACUUGGGGAAAAAGGAGACUUCUUUUUGUUAAAGCCAAGCCUGUUAUCUUAACAAUUGAACCUUCCUGGGGUUGUUUCCCUUCUCCCCUUCCCUGUUGGCCAAUUCCUUUGCUGGUGGGCUUAGAGAAGCUGUGGCCCCUCUAACCCGUUGCUACACAGGGGUUGAAUUUGCCUUCACUAAGUGCUGGUGCACCAAGCUUUAUCGCUCAUCGCUGGGUUACACUUAACAGCUUCAGUUCAACAACUUUGUUUCCUCGGAGAAGUAUUUUUGCCUUCCCUGCGGGAGGGAGCCGAGGCCUCCCCUCCCAGACAGGUUGUUCCUUGUGUUUUCGUGAGGCACAAGCCCUCUCGCUGCGCAUUGCUGCUGUCUCGGUGUUGUGAGGAGCGUGGAGACGCCACGCUGGUGACCUGUCGCUUGUGCUCGAGCAUGCUGCUUGGUUGUAGCAGUUCUAGGGGCCAAUCUGGAGAAAAGAAACCCUGUUGAGUGUUUUGAUACUAAAUUGAAAAGUUGUCUUACUGUCUUUUGAAAUAAAACCCGAUUCCCCCC